CGCGCGCCGGACUCCACAACCUCCCACCUACACGCAAAUAUGUCUCGAUUUUUCCACGGCGACAGCUCGAGCGAGAGCAGCUCAUCGGACGAGGAAGAGCUCUACUCUGAGGAAGAAGUCGAAGAGAAGGUUGCCUCCGACGAGGACGAGGACGAGGAGGAAGAAGAUGACGAUGAUGAGGACUCUUCCAGCGAGGACGAGGAUGGCGCGAAGAAGAGUGGCGCAAACAGAUUCAUGCGAGACGCAGAGUCAGAAAGUGACGAGAGCAGCGAUGAGGACCGGGCCAAAAUUGUGAAGAGUGCCAAAGAUAAACGACUGGAGGAACUGGAGGCCACCGUCAAGGCGAUCGAAAAUGGACAAAAGAUCAAUGACUGGGGCGUUAUCUCUACAGAGUUCGACAAGCUCAAUCGACAGGUGGUCAAACUCGUCCAAGCUGGCAACACCCCAAAGCCAUAUAUCAGGGCCAUUGCAGAACUCGAAGAUUUCAUGAAUGAGACCAUUGCCAAGCAGAAGGUAUCGACAAAGAAGAUGAAUGCGACCAAUGCUCGAGGCCUCAACGCUGUCAAACAACGAAUCAAGAAGAAUAACAAGGACUUCCAGAAGGACAUCGAUGCGUACAAGGCAGACAAGGAUGGAUUCAUGGAAUCUGACGAGGAGGAGGAAGUCCCUCUCCAGAAGAACAAAAAGCCAAAGGCUGUGCCCGGUGCGCUUGAUGUUGCAUUCGACGAUGACGAUGAGGGAUUCUCAACCGUUGGCAAGGGUGGAAGAACACUCCAAUUCACACCCGAGAGCAUUCUCAAGCAUCUAAGAACUAUCAUGGAGUCUCGAGGAAAGAAGAAUACAGACAGAACCGAGCAGAUCAAGAUUAUGGAGAAGCUUUACGAAGUGGCCACAACCCCCUAUCAACGAGUUCGAGUUCUUUUGACCCUUAUUUCCACACGAUUUGACUUAAGUACCGGCGUGCAGACUUUCAUGACCCAAGAACAAUGGAAGGCUGCAGAACAGGAGUUUGGCAAUCUUCUCAAAGUCCUCGAGUCAAAUAGAGAACUCGUUGUGAUUGAGAACGCAGAAGAAUGGGAGGAGGAUGAUAAGGCUCCAACGAUUACUGAGGGAGAAAAGUUCAAGAUUCCUGGCAGCAUCGUCUCAUAUGUUGAAAGACUCGACGAUGAGCUCACGAGAUCACUCCAACACAUCGAUCCCCACACAGCUGAAUACAUCGACCGUCUUUCGGAUGAGGGAGCUCUCUACAACAACAUCGUUCGAACUCUGUUGUAUACCGAAAGUCUCAAGAAGGAUGAGAGUCUGCAAGUCCCCCAAGACAGUCUGAACCGUAUUGUGAUGAGAAGACUGGAUCACGUCUACUUCAAGCCGUCUGCAGUAGUCAAGAUUCUGGAAGAAAAUUGCUGGAAAUCGAUCCCCACCACCUUAGAUUCUGCUAUCACACCACGCAGCGAAGUUUCAGAUGCCACUGCCCUAGUUAACGUUUUGUGCAACUACCUUUUCGUUAACAGCGAGGGCAUCAUCCGUGCCCGAGCAAUGCUUUGCCAGAUUUAUUUCCUUGCUCUGCACGACAAUUACUACAAGGCUCGCGAUAUGAUGUUGAUGUCUCAUUUACAAGAGACCAUCAAUGCAUUCGAUGUUCACAGCCAGAUUCUGUUUAAUCGAACUCUUGUUCAGGUUGGCCUCUGCGCCUUCCGAGCUGGUCUUGUCUAUGAGGCCCAAACAACCCUCCAAGAAAUCUGCGGAAGUGGUCGCCAAAAGGAGUUACUUGCCCAAGGUGUCAUGAUCCAGCGAUAUAAUCAGGUUUCGCCCGAGCAGGAGCGUCUGGAGCGACAACGCCAACUUCCCUUUCAUAUGCAUAUAAACUUGGAACUCCUGGAAUGUGUUUAUCUCACUUGCAGCAUGCUACUCGAGAUACCUCUCCUUGCACAAACCGGCUCGUCGCCCGAUAUAAAGAAGCGAGUCAUUAGCAAGACCUACAGGCGUAUGCUCGAAUAUCAUGAACGACAAAUCUUCACUGGCCCGCCCGAGAACACCAGAGACCAUGUCAUGCAAGCGUCGAAAGCUUUGGCGGCAGGCGAAUGGAAGAAGGCUACCGAGUUCAUCCACUCUAUCAAAAUCUGGGAGCUUAUGGCAAAACCCGAUUCCAUCAAGGCGAUGCUUUCAGAGCAGAUCCAAGAGGAAGGCUUACGAACAUAUCUAUUCACCUACGCACCUUACUACGAUACACUUUCUGUCGCCACGCUCUCGUCGAUGUUUGAGUUGACCGACCGAAAGGUCGCUGCUAUUGUCAGUAAGAUGAUCAGCCACGAAGAGCUUCAAGCUGCUCUUGAUCAAGUCAACUCUUCCAUCAUCUUCAGGAAGGGCGUUGAGUUGAGCAGAUUGCAGAGCUUGGCUUUGACCCUCAGUGACAAGGCAAGUGGUCUCAUUGAGAGCAACGAGCGGACACUGGAGACGAGAACACAAGGCACAGCUAAUGCUUUCGAACGACAAGGCGGCCGAGGCGGACGCGGUGGGAACAGGGGCGGCCAGCGUGGUGGUCGAGGGGGAGGACGAGGUGGCGGAUCUGGCGCUCCUCGACAAGCCGGCGGUACUCAAUUUACCGGUGGUGCGCUGGGUGCUGCGGUCAGAGCCUAA